AUGGGCAGGGUUCAAAUAAAACAAUUAAAUAACUAUAUUCACCAUUUCAAAAGACAAAUUAGAACCACUGAUUUAAAUUGUGGAUCUAAUUUGGAUCAUACAGCUGUUAUUAAAAUGGUUCAUGAUGCAAGAGCAGAGUGUUUUAGAAAUUUAGGAUUUUCAGAAAAAAAUUUAUUACCAAAUUCAGAUAUGGUUUCAAUUGUAGUUGGUGAUCUUCAAGCACAAUAUUUAAAUGAUGGCCAAUUAUUCGAAGAUUUAAUUAUAGAAACUGAUUUUAUUGAAAGAAGUAAUUGUGGUUUUAGAAUGACUCAUAGAAUAAAAUCUAUUCAACCAUUUGGAUCACCCGAUUUAACAGAAAGGGAUUUUAAUUCAAAUAAUAAUAGUAAUGAUAAAAACCAUAAAAUUAAUGCAUCGGGUGCAACAUUUAAAAAUAUAGCAUUAGUCGAGGUUGGCAUUAUCGCAGUAUCACCAAUCACCAAAAAACCUGUUCAGUUACCCGAUUCAUUUUUCAAAUUGCUUGGUUUAAAAAAACCAGAAGUUGCACCAAUUCCAUCAUCAAAUAAAUUAUAA